GGCGGAGGGACGGAGGUGCCGCGCCGCUCUAGGCCUCCGGGAAGAUGGCGGAGUACCUGCAGGUGAUGAGGAGGGCGCUGCAGCAGCUCGGGGGUCACGGCGGCAUUCGCGGGGCCAUGUUUCAGCUGCUGAGGGUCAGCGACUUGAAGACAGGUGCACUAGUAGGUGUUGAUAAAUAUGGAAACAAAUACUAUGAAGACAAAAGAUAUUUUUUUGGUCGCCAUAGGUGGGUUAUAUAUACUAAUGAAAUGAAUGGCAAGAACACAUUCUGGGAAAUAGAUGGAAGCAUGGUGCCCCCUGAAUGGCAUCGUUGGCUUCACUGUAUGACAGAAGACCCUCCAACUACACACCCUCCAGUGCCUCGUAAAUUCAUUUGGGAGAAUCAUAAAAUGAAUUUAAGUGGUACUCCUGGACAGUAUGUACCAUUUUCUACCACCCGUAAGAAGAUACAAGAGUGGGUCCCACCUUCUACACCUAGCAAGUGAAAAGAAAGGAAUAUGAUGAUCUGCGAAGCAUUAGAUCUACAAUGUGAACUGUAGCUUUCUUCAGUUUUUAAAAUAAAAGUCUUUGAUCAGAAA